GGUGUAUUAGGCCACGUCAAAUUGGAAAACUUGAUGGAUUUUCUUUCAUACUGCCAACAUGUCGGUCGAUUUUGUGGAUUUUUAAACAGCUCAGCUCCAUAGUAUUGAUGCCGCUUCUAUGACAACACUUGUCACGAAAGCAUUGAGCUGAUGUCGGCAGUCCAGCAUGAGUGUGAAUACGAAACCCAUGAUGGCCACCUCGUGUCCAUCAAGCCCGACGAAACCUACUUCCUGCUCUCCAGGACUAAUAAACACUGGUGGCACGUCUGCACCAAGCACGACAACACCAGGCCCUUCUACAUCCCCGCCCGGUAUGUGCGGGAUCUCGACGCGAAAGCGACAAUGACUGCGGCCCGUGAAGCUCUCGGAGAUUCCUGCCGGUUCUCCACGUUUGGCGUCUGUGGCGCCAAAGCUGAGGUGAAACCUGAAAGAAGCACACGCGGUGGAGGAGACGGACUGCACGCAAAGGUGGAAUUGACUGUCAGACUAGACAAGGAGGAUCGGUUGCCCUCUUGCAAUGUCAUUGCAAUGCACAAGGUGGAUGAUGAGAGUGUACGAGCGCCCAUCUACGUCAACGUAGCUCAGCUUCGCCAGAACCCCGCCGAAUCGCCGCCCUACCAGGACCCUGACGGAUGGGAGGUGCACCUUGAUCCGGAGAGCGGUCAGGACUACUACUACCACCCCGCCACAGGGCACACCACCUGGGAAAACCCCCUCGCCAAGUCGUCAGUUGACCCUGAACCGCUUCCCCCCUUACCAUCUCGGUCUCCCACAUACUUCUUGUCCACCGCCUCCCGCCCGGCGUGGGCAUCAGACUGGGAGCAGAUAGUGGAUGAGCGCAGCGGGUGCCCCUACUUCUACAACGCCAUGUCUGGGGAGACGUCCUGGGAGCCGCCGGAGCCACUCAGCCCGUACCCCCCCCUGAUGGAGCCUAUGAGCGUGCACCGCUUUCACCAGGACAAGUCGCCUCAGCUACCCGAGGAAGACUACCACUCGGAAGAUUACCCUGGAGGUGCUGAUAGACCUGAUCCUGACGAGGAGUCCCCUACCAUGGGGUCGCCCACAUCUCCCAGGGAAUACGACCUGUCCUACGUGAGCCGCACCGUAAUCCCCCGGGCCAGCCUGGAUUGCAGCACGCCGUCCGGCUGGAGCCUCAUCGUGGAGCCCAAUGGCACCUGGGUGUUCACCAACGAGCACUCGCUAGAGCAGUGGGUCAAGUCCAUGGACGACCUGGGCCAGACUUACUACUACCUGAGAGACGGAUCCAAGUCCCAGUGGAACCUGCCUGAGGCAGUCGUUGCGUUGCCGGGGCUGUCCCAGGAGGAGAACGGUGUGGAAGCUGAUGAGAUGUCUGUCAUCACGAACUGGAGACAUAGCGUGGGACCGACCCAGCUCGCCUCAGUCCAAGAUGACGCAAGUUUCGUCCUGACCCACCGGAGGACCACGUCGGACUACAGCAGCGACAGCUCCAGCACGGGAAACACCCCCGAGGCGCAGCCCAACGUGCAGAACUUGGAGAAAGCCGGAAUCCUCAACAAGACAAAAGUGUCUGAAAAUGGCAAAAAAGUGAGGAAAAACUGGGCCCAGACCUGGACGGUCCUGCAUGGAGGCACACUGACCUUCCACAAAGACCCAAAAUCGACAGCGGCAGGAGUUUCGAGCAAGACCAAUCAGAUCGUCUCAGAGGUGUCAGUGGACCUGCGAGGCGCCAUGAUCAGUUGGGCCUCCAAGGACAAAUCGAGCAAGAAGAAUGUUUUAGAGUUAAAAAGCAGGAACGGCGUUGAGUUUCUGCUCCAGUACGAUACUGAGAGCAUCAUCAGUGACUGGCACAAAGUAUUACUAGACACUAUACGACAACUGGAGUACCAGGACCACCGCUCCGAGGAGGAGGACGGCGACGACUUGUAUGAGAAGAUCGGCGCCGUGGAGCAACAGAUUGCCAGCGACUGGCGUAGGGCCUCCAGGCCGAGUGUCAACAACACCAGCGGCGGAGAAACCGACCCAAAGAAGGUUCGCACCAAGCUGAUCAAGUUCCUCUUGAAGCGUCCCUCGCUUCAGGCAGUCAAGGAGAAAGGAUACAUACGAGAAAACGUGUUCGGCUGCCACCUGGCCACGCUUUGCGCGCAGGAGAGGACCACCGUUCCGAGCUUUGUGGAGAAGUGCAUUAAAGCGUUGGAGAGGAAAGGUUUGGAUAUCGACGGACUCUAUAGGGUCAGCGGGAACCUCGCUGUCAUCCAGAGACUGCGCUACAAGGCAGAUCACGAGGAACUGGACCUAGAGGAUGGCCAGUGGGAGGACGCUCACGUCCUCACUGGAGCACUGAAGCUGUUUUUCCGCGAGCUUCCCGAGCCACUUUUUCCCUUCAGCCACUUUGACAAGUUCAUCUCUGCCAUCAGACUGACGGAUUACAACACAAAGGUGUGUCGAAUUUAUGAGUUUGUCAAAUCUCUUCCCGCCCCUAAUCACGACACCAUGAAACUCCUGUUUGGACAUCUACGGCGGGUCAUCCAGUGUGGCGAGGACAACCGCAUGACGGUGCAGAAUGUGGCCAUCGUGUUCGGGCCGACACUCCUGCGGCCUGAGUCGGAGUCGGGCAACAUCACCAUGCACAUGGUUUUCCAGAACCAGUUAGUGGAAUUCAUCCUCAACGAGUACGAGUGCCUUUUCCACUCGGGCUGAAGGAGUUUAUUUGAAGAUUUAACACGACACAUCUUGUGACACGAUUGUACUAUAGAAAUGUAUACAGCUAUUAAUAUGAGCAAGCCAUUGUGAAAAACCCCCCAAUAUAGAUUGUUUGCAUUAAAACAAUAUCUAUGCUGUAUUUUAAUUUCUUUAGUGACAACAUAGAACUACUGUAUAUAUAGAUUGACAGACUGGAGAGGAGGUGGCCGCUAAAGAAAAUGCAUGUGCUGUAAAAUAGAAUUACACAGCAUUGAUAUGCUGAAAGUUGUCA